UAUAUCAAACUCUUCAAACAGGACUUUGAAGAGCUUAAUUGGCUUCUUCAACCUCAUCCAGAGAAGGAAACCAAUAACCCUUAAGAGCUUUCUACCAAGGUUUGUUUGAGAGCUCAAACCAGGAAAAAAGAGAAUAAGAAAAAAGAGAGAGAGAAGUGGGAGAGUUGUUUGAGGCAUGAAUCGAAGUGUCUUGCAGAGCUCAGUGGUGCAACAAUUGAUGGCCGGAAACCCUAACUGGUGGAACAUUAAUAACAUGCGCCCACCAGCUCAACAACCUUCUCCUCUCUUACCUUCUUCCUCUUUCUUCCCACAAUACCCACCACCAUUUUCCUCACUACCUUUAACCUCUUGGCAUGAUAACCAAGAACUUCCAGAGUCAUGGAGCCAACUACUUCUGGGUGGAUUGGUUGGAGAAGAAGAUAGGGUUGGACUGAAUCUAUUUCAGUCUAAAAAGUUGGAUAAUUGGGAGGACCAAGUAAUGUUUCCAUCACAAAGUGUUCAAGCUGUUGAUGUGAAGCAAGAGGUUUCAGAAAGUGAUUAUGUAUAUGGUCAUGGAAAUGGAGAAUUGCAAGCAACAAGGUCUUCUACUUGGUCUCAAAUUAUGCCAACUUCUUCUCCUAGAUCUUGUAUUACUAGUUUCAGCAGUAACAUGUUGGAUUUUUCUAACAAUAAUAAAGGAGAUGGAAGGCAUCAACAACCAGAUCAUUCAUCAGAGUGUAACAGUACAGCCACUGGUGGGGCAUUUAAGAAGGCUAGGGUUCAACCCUCUUCAAGCCAAUCUACCUUCAAGGUAAGGAAGGAGAAACUAGGAGACAGAAUAACAGCACUCCACCAGCUAGUUUCCCCAUUUGGAAAGACUGACACAGCUUCUGUCUUGUUAGAAGCCAUUGGAUACAUCAGAUUCCUUCAAGGUCAAAUUGAGGCUCUCAGCUCCCCUUACUUGGGUUGUAGACCAGGAAACAUGAGGCAACAACAGUCAGUACAAACCACAUUUCCCAAAGUUCAAGGAGAAAGAAAUUGUAUAUUUCCUGAAGACCCUGGUCAGUUGUUGAAUGAUCCCUGCAUGAAAGGAAGAGGAGCUCCUGAACAGAUUAAUGGUGAAAGUGAAGUGAAGAAGGACUUGAGGAGUAGAGGGUUGUGUCUUGUUCCAGUUUCAUGCACUCUACAUGUGGGGAGUGACAAUGGGGCUGAUUAUUGGGCUCCGACGUUCGGCGGCGGCGGAUUCCGAUAGGUAGUGUGGAGCUUCAUGAAAUGAAAUGAUAUAACAUCAUGAGCAGUCACUCUGCUAAAAAAACCAUUUAAGGCUGAUUGCUCAUGAUGCUAUGCAUUAAUUAAUUCUAUAAAUGGAAUGGAAAAUUAAGUAAGAUUAGCUAGCUAGCUAUGUCCUUAAUUUCUGUAUAUGCAAUUCUAGUAGUAUGGCGGUUAACCAUCUUAAAUAUGCCAUUCUUUUCACUGUUAUUAA